AUGGUGGAAUUUCAUGAGACAGGCAUUAUUAAUUCGGGUUGUGGUUCGGCUUUCAUUACUUUGAUCCCUAAGGUUAAAUCGCCUGAGGGACUCAAAGACUAUAGACCCAUUACUCUAAUUGGGGUGAUUAGCAAAGUUAUUUCUAAAAUUCUUGCUAAUCACCUUAAAAAGAUUCUGGGUAAGGUGAUUUCAGAGUCUCAGUCGGCUUUCUUGUCCGAUCGUUUUAUUCUUGAUGGGCCUCUUGUAGUGAACGAAGUUUUGGAAUCGCUGAAAAAAGGAAGAAAAAGGUGGAUUAAAGGCAUCCUUGAGUCAGCUCGUGCUUCAGUUCUUGUUAAUGGGUCUCCAACAUUCCAGUUUAAAAGCGAGAAGGGUCUUCGUCAAGGCGAUCCUAUCUCCCCUUUCUUGUUUCUGAUUGUGAUGGAAUGUCUUUCUUGGAUGUUGGAAAAAGCAAAAGCUCUUGAAGUGCUUAAAGGUAUUAAUUUUUUGUUUGACAAUAUGGAUAUUACUCACCUUUUCUUUGCGGAUGAUGCUCUUAUUAUGGGUGAGUGGUCCCGCGAGAGAAUCUUCAAAGCGAGUGGUUUAGGAGUAGCUAAAUUAGAAGAUGUCAAUGAUGCGCUCCUCCUUAAAUGGGCUUGGCGUUUUAAACAAAGUGGUAAUUGCUUAUGGAAAAGAUUGGUGCUUAGUUGUCACGGGUCAAGUAGGACAUGGUCGUUGUUACCAUGCACUCCUUCGGCUAGCGGUUGUUGGAAGCAAAUUGUUAAAAUAGGGGAGAAAAAGAUUUGGAACGGUAACACUCUUGGUAGUUAUUUCGUGGGGAUUUUGGGUGAUGGGUCUACAAUUAAUUUUUGGGUGGACUCUUGGAUUAGAAAUGCUCCUCUUCGUUUGGUUUAUCCCAACUUGUUUAGACUCGAAAAGAACAAAUGGGUUUCUGUUUCAGCUAGGUUACAAGUUCAUAAUGGUAUUAAAAUGCUCCAGUGGGAUUGGCGAACUGUCCCUUCAAGUCCUGUAGAGAUUAAUGAAUUGUUCGGAUUGAUGUCUGAUAUUUACGAUUACGAGUGGAAGGGUGGCAUUGAUAAAUGGAUAUGGACUGGAGAUUCGAAUGGAGAUUUCUCAGUGAGUAAAGCGAAGACCUUGAUGCAUCAGUGUCAGCAGCCGAGUUCGAAUAAUCGUAUGAAAUGGAAAGGGUGGGUUCCCCUAAAAUGUAAGAUUAUGGUAUGGCAAGCGAUGCUUAAUCGUAUGCCUACGAAGGUGGAUCUUAGUAAACAUGGUGUUACAUUGCCGAAUGAUUUAUGCAACUUGUGUGACUCGGAAGCGGAAACGACAAAUCACUUGUUUAUCGGCUGCGCUUUUGCUGCAGAUAUAUGGGCUCGUGUUUUAGAUAAGCUUAUGUCAACUGGUAUUGAUAUCGAAAAUACCAAUACGGUUAUCGUUGUUACAACGAUUAAGCAGACACAGAACGUCGCUGCGAAGGCAGCGACGCAGUGGUUAGCGCAAGUUAUGGCUUCUCAGACUACCGGCGAUGAUGAUGAGGAUGAGGAUGAUGAUGACGAUGACCUAGGGUUCCAUGUGAAUGGUGUUCUGCACUGUCUUUAA